UUUCUGGAGUUUCGAUGCCUUCAUGCUGCAACGACAUAUAAGCAGGCAAUAGAUUGAUGACACAGAAGAGGAGUCGUCACAAGACACAAUGGCUUAUGGUAGCUCAAGAUCUGUCAGAUUUUAUGAUGAUGAUGAUGAUGAUGAUGAUGAUGUUGAAGUUGCAACAUCAACAAAAUGCAAUUCAAACAAUUCGGCCAAACACGCCAACAGCAUUUAUGGGGCGUGGAGACGUAAACCAGGAUCCAUGUUCUGUCCUCGGAAGUCCUGCAGAUCAUUCAAAGAGACACUGCUCUCUCGAGUCUUCUCGGAGGAUUAUGAAUCUUUAAUGAACGACGAGAAGAAGUUCUUAGAUCCUCAUGGACGCAUAAUUCAACGGUGGAACAAAACCUUCUUGGUGGCAUGCCUGAUCUCACUCUUCCUCGACCCUCUGUUUUUUUACUUGCCCGGAACUCAGAAAACAGAGUGCAUAGAAAUAGAGAUACCACUUGAAGUAGCUCUCACAGUGCUGCGCUCCCUGGCAGAUGUAUUCUAUGCUGUUCGAAUCUUUGUUCGCUAUCGAACAGCAUUUGUUGCUCCAUCCUCUCGGGUAUUUGGGAGGGGCGAGCUUGUUAUCGAUUCUUGCAAGAUUGCUUCAAGGUAUCAAUCCAAGGGCUUCUGUCUCGACCUCAUUGCUGCGUUGCCUCUUCCCCAGUUUCUACUGUGGAUCGUCAUUCCCAGCCUAAAAGGUUCCACAAUGGUCCACAUGAAGAACGUUUUUCGCUUUAGCAUCAUCCUGCAAUACCUUCCAAGGCUGUUCUUAAUAUUUCCACUCUCAAAGCAAAUUGUAAAGACAUCAGGGGUCAUGACUGAAACUGCAUGGGCAGGAGCUGCAUACAACCUUGUACUCUACAUGCUCGCAAGCCAUGUGCUAGGAGCAUGUUGGUACCUUCUGUCCAUCGAGCGACAAGAAGCAUGCUGGAUGGAGGCCUGCCGUCUUGAAAGCCCAUCUUGUCAGUACCGAUACUUCAAUUGUCGAAGCAUCGACAAUUCUAGGAACAGGUGGUAUCAAUCGAGCAAUCUAAGAGAUCUAUGUGACCCUAAUAAAAAUUUCUAUCAGUUUGGGAUCUAUGCUGAUGCAGUGAACUUUAAUAUCACAUCCUCACCGUUCCUCCAGAAGUACUUCUACUGCUUCUGGUGGGGACUGAAGAAUCUAAGCUGUUUGGGGCAAAAUCUCUCGACAAGCACAUAUGUAGGAGAAAACAGCUUCGCCAUUAUCAUCGCCAUUCUUGGGUUGGUGCUCUUUGGAUUGCUCAUUGGCAAUAUGCAAUCCUACCUCCAAGCAACAACAGUCCGAUUGGAGGAGUGGAGGAUUAAGAGGACGGACACGGAGCAAUGGAUGCGUCAUCGGCAGCUGCCCCCAGAGUUGAAGCAGUCCAUUCGGAGAUACCAAGAGCAUACAUGGGUGGCAACCCAAGGGGUGGACGAAGAAGAACUGCUUCUGGGCCUUCCCCUGGAUCUGCGCAAGGACAUCAAGCGCCAUCUGUGCCUCGACUUAGUUCGAAGGGUGCCGCUGUUCGAUCAGAUGGACGAGCGAAUGCUGGACGCCAUCUGCGAGCGGCUGAAGCCGGCCCUCUACACGCACGGCACAUACGUUGUUCAUGAGCUCGACCCCGUCAACGAGAUGCUGUUCAUCAUCCGGGGACACCUCGACUCCUACACCACCAACGGCGGCCGCACCGGCUUCUUCAACUGCUGCCGGAUCGGGCCCGGCGAUUUCUGCGGCGAGGAGCUACUGACGUGGGCGCUCGACCCCCGUCCGGCGGCCUUCCUUCCCUCGUCCACGCGCACCGUCCAGGCCGUGUCGGAGGUGGAAGCGUUCGCGCUCGUCGCCGAUGACCUCAAGUUCGUCGCCUCGCAGUUCCGGAGGCUCCAUAGCAAGCAACUUCGGCACAAGUUCAGGUUCUACUCCCACCAGUGGCGCACCUGGGCUGCGUGCUUCAUACAAGCAGCAUGGAGGCGGCAUAAGCGCCGGAGGCCCUCGACCGAGCUUCCACUCGAUGAGGCACCGGUCGAGUUGACGGAGUCGCGGAGAGCGCCAGUUCCGGGGCCGGAGGGGGCCCUGUUCGUGAAGCGUUUGGUGACCAGCACGAGGAGGGAAGGCGGCGAGGUCUCAUUGGUGCCGGAUUGUGGGUUGAGGAAGCCAUCUGAACCAGACUUUUCUAUGGAGGAAGAGAGCUCAAGCUAAGUUGCUAACCGACACUAGCUGUACGUAUGGGAGAGGCAGGAUAAAUCAUUCAGGAUACUGUGGGAGUGGAAUAUCUACCCCCUUUCUUUUCCCCUGGUUGAACAACAAACUUAUCAUCUGCUUUUAACUUUGUCAA